AAUAGAUAAUUGUUGUAAUUAAGUUUGUACAUAAUAACUAUUCUUAAGAAUUUUGUUUUAUUGUAAAUGAUAAAAUGUCAAAUACAAAAGAAUUUUUUCUUUCGGUUACACAACGUAUUUUUAGUAACUGGACUGCAUUAAAAAUGGCAGUGGAACAUGGAAUGGGUAUAAAGGAAAGAGCAAUAGAUUUCUGUCCAUAUAUGACAGAGGUUAUGUAUAUGAAUGAGGGUCUGAAUACCAAUGAAAUUGCUAAUGAAUUGGAAGAUUACAUGGAUGAGCAUUUUAACACAGAACUUCAAGAUAACAGUGCAAUGCAAGUAGCAGAAGAAUUGUUAAGAUUUUAUCAUUAUUGUAUUGAAAAUAAUGAAAAUUUAGCAAUGGUAGAACUUGAAAAGUUACCACCAUUGCAAUCAUGGAUUAUAACAAAUGAACCUAUAAAAAAAAUUCAAAAUUCUUGUACUAUAGAAAAUGAUAGUUCUGAAAAUGAAGAAGAAACAUCUGUUUGUAUGAAAGUUGCAGAUGAAUGGACAGAAGUAAAAACUAGACGAAAAAGAUAACUAGUAUUUGAUAUUUUAAAAGUACAUGUGCAUUUUGUAAUUGCAAUGUAUUCUAGAAUUUUGUAACCAAUUACUUAUCUAAGCAGUCUUUGGAACAUUGUCAAAUUUAUUUGGCAGUUUCAGUUAUUAUUUCUAAAGAAAUAAAAAAAAUACAUAAAAUAUUAAUAAAUAUUUUAUAAAUGA